AUGUCGCAACACAACUCACAAAGUACCCUGGGGGCUCCUGUGGAAAUCGUGCCUUCGACUCCAAUCCGCCGUGCGACACUCUCCCCUUCCCCCGAUCUCAGCGCAAAGCGGACAUCAUCCCAAUCCGAGAAGAGAAUAUUCUCGCCCCCGCCAUUGUCGUCAUCAGAAAUGACACCCCCACCCUCAACUCAGAUCCCCGGCGCUCCACUCCGAUCCCGCUCACACUCACGCUCCACGAGUCCCACUCUGGUCACACAAGCAGAGUUGGACAAGUCGCUAUGCGAUGCCUACGGCGCAUCCGAGAACUUGCCAACCGCCGAGCAAAUCGACAGUGCCAGCGAGAGCGAGUUGCGCAUUAUCGCCAAAGAUCUUCUAACUAUCGCCCGGGAGUCGCGUAUGUCCGCAUUGCACUUCAAGCUCCAGAACAGCCUAGUCUCCUUUGCGAGCAACGAAGCUGUAAAGCGCGCCGAGGUCGAACAGCACCUCGCCAAGCGCGAAGUCGAGAUUAUCCAGAGUGAAGCCUACCGCACCCGUUCGCGCCCUGCGGAUCUCGUCACCCCGAAGCAGUCCACAUCGCCAUCAAACUCGGAUUACCUCUCGGCUAUCCAGCGCUCACAGGAAUUGGAAGAACAGAACAAGCUUUUGGAUCGACGACUCCGGAACGCCAAGCGCGCAAUUGACGAUGCAACCAGCCGGUCCUACGAUCUUGAGGAACAGAACAAUAUGCUCAAGCAGCGUAUCGGAGAUAACCGCAAGCACUUUACCCAAAUCUUCAGCUACGGCACUAUGUCACCGGCCACGCAGCACGAGAUUCACAAUAUGUGCCACGGUGAACACACCGAUGGUCUCGCUGCUCUUCUUUACGCCGACAAACUCACCAACCACACAAACGCUUACGGUGCCACCUCUGCCACCUCCGUUCCCAUGACCCCAAACCAGCCCAAGAACGAGUACUCGACCCCGAGCGGAAACCAAGGUGACGACCACUAUGACAGCGAUAGCACGGUGUCUCUCUCUGCAUCCGACGCACCUGAACACAGCAUGCCCUCCCCACAACAGAUGCGCUCCACUGCUCCCAAGAGCAGCACGUUGCUCCAGUCCAAACUUUUCGGCCAUGUUCAAAAGCCCAAUGUUGAGCGAUCGCGCCCUAACAAGCGCAAGGCAGAAUCCGAGGACACCAGUAAUGCCAAGAAGACCCGGACCGGCCAUAUUGGUCUGGGCAUCAAUGCUUAG